CAUAUGCACUCUGUGUUGCGACCGAUAUAUGUCUUGGUCAGUCCGAGUAAUGAGUGUCUCCACGUUGUGUCCGUCCAUACCAAAAUAAACUACUCACUCCUCUGUUGUUGUAGUGCGGCUUCGAAAUUGAAUAAAGCUAAUUUCUUCGAGGUCUCUGCAAAAUUAUCAGGACACGAGCAAAAUAACCGUCGGUUUUAGCAGCCAAGACUCGAAUUGCACCUUACAGCUCACGCUCCGGCCUCUCGGUUCUGCUCGCUGCCUGCCGCACGCCAUUGGAGCAGCUCUCGCGGGGUGGGGAGAGGAAGGCUCUGCCCUCGUCUUGUCCUCAUCCCGCUCUCUCCUCCAUAUCUGACUGCUUCCAUCCUUCUAGCUGGAGAUGAGACAGAGCGAGAGAAGCAUCGAGAAGCCGAGAACCGUACCCCACAAACGCUCCUUAUUUUUCUUCAGCAUGGGAUGUGGAAAUUCGACUGCCACCAGCACAACGAGCGGGGGUCCUACUGGAACAACAAAGGAGACGACAGAAGAGUCCACAUCAGAAGAUGAAAAAAGAAGGAACUAUGGUGGUGUGUAUGUUGGGCUGCCUGUUGAUCCUCCUGCAGUAGCAUCCAGCCAUUCCAAGUCAAAUACAAAAGACUAACAGAUUAUAUCUGAAGAGAUGGAGCCCAGCGAGUGGCCAGAUUCAGCUCUCCAGAGUGUUCAUUUCAGCCCAUAUCACUGCCUGCACUUUCAACUGUCUCUGGAGGCCAGAGCUGAAUCUUUCCCUGCUACACUUCAUAGCCAGAUUUAGUGGAAAGGAUAUUGUUUUGUGACAGCUGCUACCGGAGGAGCUGACCAGCAGGCCAUCAUGUCCUCAAUACAUAUAUGAUUGCCAUGUGUCCAUUCUGUUUUCUGUUUCCUUAUAGACAGCUAGCUACACGAUGGGAUUUUUUGCAGACCUCAAACAACUGGCCUUUUUUUUCCCAACCACCCUCUCCCAUUCAGUCCAUGAGGUUGAAGAGGCUACCCGUAGGGUAAAUUGACCAAAGAGCAUUCUGAGAGCUUUCUUACUUAUUGCAGCCAUUUUCCUGCCUUAUUUGUGUCAUGCUUCAUUAUAAGCCAAAAAUUGAGCCCAGCUAAAGUUGUCCAUUAAAAUGGUUCACUCUGCUCACCUUGGCCACACAUACUGAGAAUCAAUUAUGUAUCUUUCACAAAAGUUUGUUGAGAAGGUCCUUACAUCUCCUGAUACUGAAGAGCAUCUUUCUAAGAAAUCUCACAGACUAUGAGGUUUAGUAGUUGGGGGCUAAACUUUCCUGGAUGGUACUUCUCUGUCCACAGACCUUGAUGACCACUGAGGCCAAUAGUGGGGUUUCAGUGUUUAAAGUUUUCUCUCUCCCACUCAGGCUUUGUCUGGGAAACGAAGCUGACUGUAUGGGUCAAUAACACAUGUGACUGUCCUAGUUGAUACUGUUGAUCCCUCUAAGAUCCUGUGGAACACUUCACUAGCUGAUGGGGUAAACAGCUAAAGGGAAUAGGAAUAUAGAGUGUCUGCUCAUCCCUGCAUACUUCUACCUGGAUGUUACUGGCCGGGUGUGUCCAAUUUGCACCAGAAAAGAUGGAGAAUAUCCUGGUUGGUGCCAGCAUCAAUAUUGUAUGACUGUCACCAAGAGGCGCCUACUGCACAUUGUUGUUCAUCUGCCCAAUAAUUGUGUUGUAAAGCAAUAAAUUAUUUUUAUCUUGUU